GGCAAAAGGGCAUCAAGAAGCACAAGUGAAAGGUUCACGACGCAACAUUCCAGCCUUGCAGAAGCCGACUCGCAGCCAAUUCACCAUGUCAGACGCUCCUCUCUCCAUUUCCAACGAGCCAUACAUGCUCUCGCCUGAGCAAAUCACCUCCUUCGAGCAGCAAGGAUUUCUUAUCCUCCGCGACUUCCUAGCCGACACCUCUUCGGUGCAAACAUUGAGGCAAUGGACUCAGCAGGUGCACGACUGGCCCCUCGUCAAGGGCAAAUGGAUGCCGUACCAAGAAAAAAUCAGCGAUGGACGCAUGGUGCUUACCAGGACGGAGAACUACAGCCCCUUUCACCCAGGCUUCAAUGCGCUCUUCCGGGGUGAUCGUUUGAUGGGCGUCUUGAAGCAGUUGAGUGGUGAAGAGAUGAUCCUUUUCAAGGAAAAAAUUAACUACAAACUCCCCAAGGCUGGCGGCUUUGAUGCACAUCAAGAUGCGCCAGCAUACACGCAUGCUGGUGCUUUGAAGCACCUCACCGUUAACAUCGCCGUGGACAAGGCGACACUCGAGAACGGGUGCCUCGAAGUUGUGCCUGGAAGCCACAGGAUGAAUAUCCCUGUGGGAUCCGACAACUGUAUCCCGAAAGACUGGGAAGAUGCAAACGAGUGGAUCCUUGUUCCCCUCAAGCCAGGCGACGUGCUAAUCUUUGGCUCGUACCUUGCGCACCGUAGUGGACCAAACUCAUCCUCGAACCCGCGCGCAGCAAUCUACGCGACGUUCAACGCAGUUUCAGACGGUGGCGACCGUUUCGCAGAGUACUACAUCAACCGACGCGCGGAGUGGCCUCCGAUGCACGAGCGGGAGGAAGGCAAGGAUUACAGCCUUGGCGCGCUAAGGUACGGCUUUGGAAGCCCAAUGACGGGUGCAACGCAGCACAGCCGUAUGCAAACCGAACUAUUCGGUGCCACAGUAUCGCAAGCGGGUGUCAGCGCAAAGAUCGCGUGAGAGUGCUGCAACAUUCUGUGAUUCUUUGGACAAGUUUGACCGCGAACCAAGUGUGAGCCACGUAUUCCAAUCCAACAAGCGAUGGAUUUCAAACCGAUGCUCUCAUCUGUUUCAUUAGAUGAGCUAUGAU